GAGCCCAGAGCUACCCCUCAGUUGUACCUGGGCCUUGUCUUGGAAGAGCUACCCAGGACUGGGUCAGCACUGCUAAAAAGUAUGGCAUCAAAUUCUAAUGGUUUUCCAUGGGAAUUAGUAAUAUGGGCAGGUGUUAUUGGAUUUUUUGCUAUUCCCCUUUUUUUGUGGAGACGUAUCAGAUCAGUUAGGAGUUGGCUUUAUGUGGGAAGAGAGAAAAAGCUUGCUGUAGUGCUUUGUGAACUAAUUGAAAAAAAAUGUAAACUGCUUGAAAAAUCUGGGCGUGUUCAAAAAGAGUAUGAAGACUAUGAAUUAGAGUCAUCUUUAGAGGAUAACAGCUUUGAGAAGGAGGCAGCAGAAGCACAAAGUUUGCAGGCAACCUGUAAAAAGCUUAACAGAUCCAUUUCUGAAAUUGAGGAUGAAAUAUUCUAUCUACAAAAAGAGUUAAAGGAAGAGAGAUCUAAACAUACUGGACGAGAUAAUUUGAUGGCGGAUAUUUCAAAAAUGAUACACUCACUAGAAGAUCACUCAACAUCCCUCAAAUUACAAAUAGCUGAAGCCAAAAUGACUUUCAGCGUAUUUCAAAUGAAUGGAGAACAACUGAAGACAGUAAUAAAAGAUGCUUUGAAUGAAAAUUCCCAACUUCAGGAAAGCCAUAAACAGCUUUUGCAAGAAGCUGCAGUAUGGAAAGAACACGUGAGUGAACUUAAUCAACAGAAAAUAUCAUUUGAAGACUCCAAAGUGCACACAGAACAAAUUCUAAUUGAUAAAGAUGAUCACAUCAAGACUCUGACUGAACACUUGCUGAAGAUAAAAGAUUGGGCUGCUAUGCUUGGAGAAGACAGAACAGAUGAUUGUAACUUGAAAUUGGAAAUGAACAAUGGAUUGGAAAAUGGUGUCUACUUAGAUGAUACUCCAAAAGGAGCUUUGAAGAAACUGAUUCAUGCUGCUAAGUUACGUACUUCUUUAACAACUUUAGAAGAAGAAAGAAACCAAAUUUAUAUUCAGAUGUCCAAAAUUAAUAAAACAAAGAAAGAUCUUAGAGACCAUAUUGAACAUUUUCAGUCUGAACAAGCAUCUUUACAGUCAGAAAACACACAUUUUGAAAGUGAGAAUCAGAAGCUUCAACAGCAACUUAAAGUAAUGACUGAAUUACAUGAAGAAACUGCAAUGAGGCUUUACAAAAAAUUAAUUGUAGAGGAAAAUUACCAGUCAGAGAAUGAAGAGAAGCUUUCUAAAGUAGACAGAAAGAUCAACUAUACCACUGACCAGAUGGAGAACUAUAGAAAGCAAGCCGAAGAUCUUGAAGAAAAGUUGGAAAGAAUGAUUCUGUCUUAUCGAGGGCAGAUGAUUUCCUAUAAGAAAAAAGAAGAUGACAACUGGUUGGCAGCUCAGACUGCUGAAGGAAUCCUCAAUGAUAUCAAGAAAGAAAAUGCUCACAGGAGACAAAAAUUAACUGAAAUGGAGUUUAAAUUCAAAUUUUUACACAAAGAUCCUUCUGCACGUGAUGUUCCAAAUACAGGAUUUGGCAGAAAGCAUUACCCACAUGUUACUGAUAUGAGAAGAGGGCCUCCUUGCCCCCCACCUCCUCCAGGAAUUGGGUUGGGAGUUUCUCCACAUGAUUUUCCACCAAGAAAUUUUGCAGGUCCACCAUAUGCUCCGUUUGCAAUGAGGAAUGCCUAUCCACCCAGGCCAUUUCCUCCUUACCUUCCACCAAGACCUGGAUUUUUCCUUCCUACCCCCAAGUACUGA